AUGCCAACAACUCAGAUCAACUGGCUUAUCCCCAAACCAACACGCAAGCCUCCCGUAGCCACGAGCCCCGCCAAAAUGCCCAAACCCGCCGCUCAACCGGACCAGCUGGGCCACAGCAGCCAGACACUGGUAUUGCCAUGCGUCCAGCCUGAAGCCGCGGCCGAACCGGACCAGCUGGGCCCCAGCGGCCAGAUCGCAGGCACAUCGAAGAAUGGAGCUGUCCCCCUCGCUCGUUGGCCGGCAAAGCCCCUAACUCCCACCCGUCAAGACCCAAUCACCACCUCCACCAAGGGUAAAGAGAAAGCCGUGGCGCCUUCCGACGAUGAGGAAGAAGACUUGUUCAACAAUGACCCGGACCACGAUGUUGAGCAAGACGUCGAGCCAAGCAGUCCGCCGCCGGCGGGACCAAAACGAGGCCGUCCCCGAAAAUCAAUUCUCCAAGACGCUGCCAAACGCAUGAAAAAGUUCUGA